AUGGAAAAUAAUAAUAAUAAUAAUAAAAAUGAUAAUGAAAUUAAUUUUAAAAAAAUUGAAAUUAAUGAAACAUUAGAAAGUGGUAAAUUUAUUGAAAGUAAAAUUGAUAUGAAACUUGGUGAAUUAAUUAUAAAAGUCCAAUCACCAAUGUGUUUUAGUUUUCAUAAACAUUUAGUUAACCAAUUUUGUUUUAAUUGUUUUUCAAAUUCUCAUGAAAUCAACAAUGCAAAAUUUAAUAAAUUUAAAGUUGAUAUUAAUAAAAACUAUAUAAUUAGAUGUAAUAAUUGUAAAUUAAUUUAUUUUUGUUCAGAUGAAUGUUUUGAAAAAGUAAUGUCAAUAGAAUCAUUUCAAGAUUCAACCUCAACAAAUAUUCAUACACCAUUAGAAUGUUUAAUUUUAUCAAAUUAUCAUGACCAAACCAUAUCUCCGAAAAUAAAUACAUUACAUGAUCAAACUGAAAAUAGAAUGAUUAUAAAUUAUUUAUCAAAAAUUGCAUAUUCAACUAAUAAUAAUAAUAAAUUUAAAUUAUUAUUAAUUGAAAUGAAUCAACUUAUUGGUGAUUUUAAUAAUGAUAAUAAUAAUCAAACAUUAUCAUUAAAUGAAAUUAAGAAUAUAAAAAAUAAAUCAUUUAAUUUAAGAAAAUUAUUUAAUAAUUUCUUUUUUAAUAUUGAUAAAGUUAUUAUUGAAGAAUUAUAUGCAAAAUCUCAAAGAAAUUCAUUUGGACUUUGGAAAAAUAGUGAUGAAUGUUUUGGACUAAGUAUGUAUGGUAAUCAAACAAUCUAUAAUAAUAAUAAUGAUAAAGAUGAUAAUAUUAGUAUAUCAUAUUUUAAUCAUAGUUGUUUUCCAAAUUGUGUUAGAGUACAAGAAAAUCAAUCAAUAAGUAUUUAUAGUUUAAUUCCAAUUAAAAAAGGUGAUGAAUUAUCAAUUUCAUAUAUUGAUAUUAGAAUGUCAAAAAAUGAUAGACUUUUACAUUUAAAGGAAAUUUAUUAUUUUGAAUGUAAAUGUAAAAGAUGUACACUACCACCAUUAUCAAAUUUAUCAUUAGAAAUUGAAAAAACAAUUGAAAAUUACACUUGUAAAAAUCAAUCAAUUAAAUGUACUGGUAUUUUAUAUUUACCACCUUUCAACAAAAUUCAAAGAAUUUGUAAUUUUUGUCAUUGGAAAGAACCAAUUAAUAAUUAA